AAUUUUUGAGUAGAAAAAUUAUCAUUUUAUCAGUUGGUAUUAACAAUGCUUUAUCCGGUUGUAGAUAAUAUUGGUCUUUUGCUUCCGGUAAACCAUGCCAUUUCAAAGGUUCGUAGAAUCUGGUCGUAUUGCUUAUGUGAGCGAUGGGCCGCACAAAGGUAAACUUGUUGCCAUUGUAGACAUCAUCGAUCAAAAUCGGGUUUUAGUUGAUGGACCUUCUUCAAAUGUUCCACGUUGUGAAAUGAGAUUAAAUGAUCUUCAUUUAACUAAAUUCCGUAUACGUUUCCCAUAUACUGGAUCCACUCGUGUUGUACGUAAAGCAUGGGAAGCUGCAAAUAUUAAUGAUCUUUGGAACAAACUAUGUGGGCAAGAAAAGUUGAAGCCAAGAAAAAA